UCAUCACCAUCACCACCAUAAUUGCCACGCGCCUAGAAGACUUCGGUGCCUGGAACACUUCGAAUCAGCAGCAACGACACUUCAGGCGCCCGUAUAGUAGGCACGUCGUCAAUCGACCGCGCCGCUAUGUCAGAAAGCGACGAGGAGCCGGAGUACGUGGAGCCCAAGCGGCAAGUCCUGUCGCCCGCCGACAUGAAGCGCUGGACCGAGAGCGAAGCGUACGGCGAGUACGUCGGCUUCGUGCUCGCCCUCAACGAGCGGGUCAAAGGCAAGAAGCUCACCGACGCCUUCCACGUCUCCGAGGUCACUUCGGGCCUGCUGUCCGUGCUGGACACGCUGGACCGCUGGGUGCGAGAGACGCCGCCCGUCAGCCAGCCGCAGCGGUUCGGCAACACGGCCUUCCGAACGUGGCUCCGCAAGGUGAACGGCGAGAGCAGGCGUCUGCUGGGUGACGCGCUGCCGGCCAGGUGCCGGCCGGCCCUGGUGGAGCUCGUGCCUUACUUCGACGACAGCUUCGGCAACUCGACGCGCAUCGAUUACGGCACGGGUCACGAGAUGAGCUUCGCCAUGUUCCUGUGCUGCCUGUUCAAAGUCGGGGCCUGGGUGGAAGAGGAUUCUGACGCCGUAGUCCUGGCCGUAUUCCAAAGGUACCUGGAGUUGGUACGUCACCUCCAGCUGGAGUACCGCAUGGAGCCCGCCGGCAGCCACGGCGCCUGGAGCCUCGACGACUACCAGUUCCUGCCGUUCAUCUGGGGCAGCGCUCAGCUGGUCGGCCAGCUCGCGAUACAGCCCAAGUCCUUCCCGACACCCGGCUAUGCGCAGAGCUGCUCGCGCGACUACAUGUUCAUGGGCUGCAUCGAGUUCAUCUGCAAGAUGAAGAGCGGCCCCUUCCACGAGCACUCCAACCAGCUGUGGAACAUCAGCGCCAUCCCCAGCUGGGCCAAGGUCAACGCGGGCCUGAUCAAGAUGUACAAGGCCGAGGUCCUGGGCAAGUUUCCGGUGGUCCAGCACGCAGUGUUCGGAAGACUGCUACCGUUCUGCCCCCACCGGAAACUGGACCCGACGAAAUAAGAGACUGUCCUCUUGAUUAUCGCGCGAUAUCGCAUUUAUUAAAGCAGUAUGCUGAUACAUACA